AUCGAAACUGCCGCUGGUAAUUUGUACAAGGAAAAAAUCAUUCGCGGUUUCUGUCACUUGUACUCUGGACAGGAGGCCUGCGCCGUUGGCAUGAAAGCCGCGAUGCGUGAACAGGAUAACAUAAUCUCUGCUUACCGUGUGCACGGUUGGACCUAUUUAAUGGGCGUCUCACCUGUGGGUGUGCUCGCUGAGCUGACUGGUCGCCAGAGUGGUUGUGCCUUGGGUAAAGGUGGCUCUAUGCACAUGUAUGCGCCCAACUUCUAUGGCGGCAAUGGUAUUGUAGGCGCACAGGUGCGUCAGAUACAUGCAUAAUUCACGCUGCUAAAUGUAUAAUUGAUUAUUAAACUUUUGUUUCCAACAGGUACCACUUGGUACUGGCGUUGCACUCGCCUGUCAAUACAAAGGUAAUGGCGGCGUUUGUUUAUCACUUUACGGUGAUGGUGCUGCCAAUCAAGGUCAGGUGUUCGAGUCUUAUAACAUGGCUGCUUUGUGGAAAUUGCCGGCAAUUUUCGUUUGCGAAAAUAAUAACUAUGCUAUGGGUACCACUACGAUACGUGGCUCCAGCAACACUGACUUCUAUACACGAGGUGAUGUAGUGCCCGGUAUCUGGGUUGAUGGUAUGGACAUUUUAGCUGUACGUAGUGCCACCGAAUUUGCAAUCGAAUAUGUGAACAAGGUUGGUCCAAUUGUAUUGGAAACCAAUACCUAUCGUUAUUCCGGCCACUCUAUGUCUGAUCCCGGUACAAGCUACCGUACACGUGAGGAAAUCCAAGAAGUUCGUCAAAAACGUGACCCCAUCACAUCGUUCAAGGAGUUGUGCAUUGAGCACGGACUUUUGUCUGCUGAUGAAAUUAAGGAAAUCGAUACUAGGGUGCGUAAGGAAAUCGACGAAGCUACACAAGUCGCUAAGAAUGAUAAAGAACUGCCUGUAACCGGUCUGUGGACUGACGUUUAUUCAAACAAUUUGGAACCAAAGAUACGUAGUAUUACCAGCUAUAACAUUGAGCAUAUUUCCCAAUGCAAAGGCGUCAACCACUAAGCCAUUAACAUUUGAAGUAGUAAAAAAAA